AUGAGUGGAGCAGGGAAGGUGGUGUGUGUAACAGGAGCAUCCGGUUACAUAGCUUCAUGGCUGCUCAAGCUUUUGCUUCAACGCGGCUACACCGUCAAAGCCUCCGUUCGCGACCUCAACGAUCCGAAGAAAACAGAGCACUUGGUGUCACUUGAGGGAGCAAAGGAAAGGCUUCAUUUGUAUAAAGCAAAUUUAUUGGAAGAAGGAUCCUUUGAUUCUGUUGUUGAUGGCUGUGAAUGUGUUUUCCAUACAGCUUCCCCUGUUAAUCUCUCACCCACUGACCCACAGGCAGAAUUGAUUGACCCUGCAGUGAAGGGAACACUAAAUGUCCUGAGUUCAUGCACAAAGGCUCCUUCACUAAAGAAGGUUGUUUUAACAUCUUCCAUGGCUGCUGUUUUGCUUAGCGGGAAACCAUUGAUCCCAGAUGUUGUUGUUGACGAGACAUGGUUUUCUGAUCCAGAUUUCUGUGAGAAAGUAAAGAUUUGGCCGUAUGUUAUCUCAAAGACAUUAGCAGAGGAGGCUGCUUGGAAAUUUGCAAAAGAAAAUGGGAUUGAUUUGGUUGUAAUAAAUCCAGGAACGGUUAUUGGCCCUUUGUUACAGCCAACUCUUAAUUACGGUGCGGGGACGAUUCUAACUCAAAUUAACGCUCACACAUUCCCAAAUGAAAUCUCUAUGAUUGUUGAUAUUAGAGAUGUUGGAAUGGCACAUAUUCAAGCAUUUGAAGUCGUUUCAGCUGGUGGAAGAUAUUGUUUAGUUGGACAUGUUUUGCACGUUUCUGAGGUUAUUAACAUUUUAAGACGACUCUUCCCCACCCUAAGCAUUCCUGAAAAAUGUGAAGAUGACAAACCUCUCAUGCCAACCUACCAAAUUUCGAAGGAGAAAGCGAAAGGUUUGGCAAUUAAUUUCACCCCUUUGGAAGUGAAAUUGAAAAUGAGCGGAGAAGGAAGGGUGGUGUGUGUGACAGGAGGUUCAGGAUACAUAGCUUCAUGGCUGGUCAAGCUCUUGCUUCAAAGAGGUUACACCGUCAAAGCCUCUGUUCGUAGCCUCAACGAUCCGAAGAAAACAGACCACUUGGUGUCACUUGAAGGAGCAAAGGAAAAGCUUCAUUUGUAUAAAGCAAAUUUAUUGGAAGAAGGAUCGUUUGAUUCUGUUGUUGAUGGCUGUGAAUGUGUUUUCCAUACAGCUUCCCCUGUUAAUCUCUCACCCACUGACCCACAGGCAGAACUGGUUGAGCCUGCAGUGAAGGGAACACUAAAUGUCCUGAGGUCAUGCACAAAGGCCCCUUCACUAAAGAAGGUUGUUUUAACAUCUUCCAUGGCUGCUGUUUUGCUUACCGGGAAACCAUUGAUCCCAGAUGUUGUUGUUGACGAGACAUGGUUUUCUGAUCCAGAUAUCUGUGAGAAAACAAAGUUUGGGCCGUAUCUUAUCUCAAAGACAUUAGCAGAGGAGGCUGCUUGGAAAUUUGCAAAGGAAAAUGGGAUUGAUUUGGUUGUAAUAAAUCCAGGAAUGGUUAUUGGCCCUUUGUUACAGCCAACUCUUAAUUACGGUGCGAAGACGAUUCUAACUCAAAUUAACGCUCACACCUUCCCAAAUAAAGUCUUUAUGAUUGUUGAUAUUAGAGAUGUUGGAAUGGCACAUAUUCAAGCAUUUGAAGUUGUUUCAGCUAGUGGAAGAUAUUGUUUAGUUGGACAUGUUUUGCACGUUUCUGAGGUUAUUAACAUUUUAAGACAACUCUUCCCCACCCUAAGCAUUCCUGAAAAAUGUGAAGAUGACAAACCUCUCAUGCCAACCUACCAAAUUUCGAAGGAGAAAGCAAAAGGUUUGGCAAUUAAUUUCACCCCUUUGGAAGUGAGUCUGAGGGACACUGUUGAAAGCCUCAAGGAGAAGGGUUUUCUCAGCUUUUAAUUUAUGCCCUUGACGGAAAAUUUGGUAAAUAAGUUAUACCUUAU